UUUCUUUCUAAAAAUUCUAAUUAUUCUAAAUUAGACAGAAUUUAAAAAUACCUGAUGUACUCUUACAAAAAUAAAAUUUUAAUUCAGUUCAGUCUUCAUUGUGAUCUAGAAUUUUUCUGUUACUAAUAGUAUCACAUAAACAGCAAAGAAAAUUGUAUUAAUAUGUCUCGAUUAGGUGCACUGCAUUUAACAAAAAACACAGGCGCAAAACAUACAGCCACGGUUAUAUUUUUUCAUGGAUCAGGAGCUGCUGGUGACCACAUGAAGGAAUGGGUACAUUUAUUAACAAAAAAUUUUACUUUUCCACAUAUAAAGAUCUUGUAUCCUACAGCCCCACUGCAGCCUUACACGCCAGCAGGAGGGCUCAUGAGUAAUGUUUGGUUUGACCGUAUAGACAUAGAUCCAAGAGCUCCUGAAGCAUUGGACUCUUUAAAAAAAAUUGAGAUGGAUGUUAAAAGCCUUAUUAAAAGUGAAAAUGAUGCUGGUAUACCAAACACUCGAAUUAUUGUAGGUGGUUUCUCAAUGGGUGGUGCACUGGCGUUACAUACAGCGUACAGAUGGGAGCCAACUCUGGCUGGAGUGUUUGCAUUUAGUUCAUUUUUGAAUGAUAAUUCUAUAGUUUAUCAAGAUCUUCAAAAAUCUACUAAUAACGUACCACUUCUUCAAAUUCAUGGUGAUAUUGACGAUCUAGUGGAUUUGUCUUGGGGCCAGUCAACGUUUAAAGAAUUGCAAGCACUUGGAGUUCAAGGAGAAUUUCAUAUAAUGGACAGAUUAGGACACUCUCUAAAUAAGAAAGGCUUAAAUAUUAUUAAAGAUUGGGUGGAAAGACUCUUACCAGAAGUACAUUAAUUUUAAAAUGAUAAUAAUAUUGGUUUUAGCUCUGUACAUACUUGAAUAUUUUAAGUAGGUAGCACAAAUUUUGUUAAAAAUAUUGGGGUAUGGGGUCAUAUAUAUGGAUAAAUGAAUAAAUUAUA